UAGACUACUGUCCCUUCAGACCGCUGUUAGAUUGUCGACACCGAGCAAGAGAAGGAAAGCCAAAGGAUCCGGACCUCGCAUUGGAAUGGUUUACCCAAAACAUGACGGUCAAAGUGACCUCAGAGCCGUGAAGGAUAAGUUUAAAAAGCAACUGAAAAUACCUGGCUUUAAGCGAUGCCCAAAGACUCCAAAACCUAGCACCAGUAAUGCAGUGGAGAUCCCUCCUCCAAAAGUGCUGGUUCUAAGCUUCAUGGAUCACCUGAAUCAGAAAGCGUUGGCAGAGGCCUCCAAGCAUCUGAUCUCUCUGGAGGAGCAGCUCUUCACUCAGAAAGGUGCAGAGACUGAGGGGGGGAGUCUGACCAGGAGUGGGGAGGAGGAGGACAAGCUGCAUGAAGACUAUCAAACUCUACUGGUCCAGUUAUGGAUGGCUGUUCAUGACAGCUUCAGUCCCGCACCUUCAAGAGAACACCUGGAGGUUCUGCGUUGUGCCGUGAUCGCCGUAAUGCAACAAGAAGAGCAAGACCAUCAAUGGGAGGACUGCCCGGAUGGUCUCAGUCCUCCUGAAUGGCGUCCUCUUAUGUGCCGAAGCACUCACAACUCAUUGCUUCAAAAGAUGGUGGAGUCACGGUUGAGGAAUGCAACCGUACAACAAGAUAUUGAAGGUGCAGACAACCUGUCAACAAAUAUGAAGCGGGAGGUGUGUAAGGUGGGGAAAUGUUUAAAGAAAGACCUUCUUGUGGUCGUCAGAGACGUGAAAGACUGCUACCCACAGGAUUUGGAUAUUUGUAAUCUGUACGCAAGCUUGUAUCACCAAACCUUCUCCAAACAACUAAUAGAGCUAGCCCGUUCUGGACUUGAUGUGGAGGACUGUACCUAUCUUCUGUUCUGGAUCAAUGAUUACUAUCCAAACACCAUCUUGCAAGAUAAAGAACUUAAAAUGAACAUCAACUGUGAGUCCAUGGGAAGUCUCGUGCCUGAAGAAGACCAGGCAGUAUUAGAGGAACAGUAUCUAGCACACAAAGAGGAUAAAGUAAUAACUUGGUUUGAUGAAGCUCUAAAGAACGAAGUGAAGGAUUGGCAGAAAGGAAAGAUGCCUGAUAUCAUAGAUGGAUACUGUUUCUGCCCCCUUGCCAUAGACAUCAUACAGGUUAUCAACUGUGCUGUGAACGAAUGCAAGUCUAUUCUGGGAAACAAGAGCAAAGGCCAGAGAAUCCUGUCAAAGCUGGAAAGCUUCUUGAUUAGCUAUAAACACUUUCUGGAUGAGUUCAUGAAAGGAAGACGAGACAACACACAGGCCAUCUUGAAAGCUAACCUGGUUAGCAUCAAGCAAAUCAGGGACUUCAUAAUAGGAGAAGACGACUCAAUGUCAAAGGAGAUAAAAGCAAAAUGUUUGCUUAUUUUAACGUCCCUGAAAGAUUGUUGCAAUGGAUACUUCAUUGUUCCCAUGCAAGAAGAGCUAAAGGUGCAGUAUAAAAAGUUGUGGACUCAUGACUGGCUUACAGGAAGUCAAAAUGUACUGGACAACAUUCUAGAGACACUGUACAAGAACUUGGAAAACUUCACAGAUCUGAAACCUGUCUGUAGAGAGGAACUCCUGGGUCGGCUCCACACAGACGUGAUGGUGGAGUAUGUGAAGAGGAUGAUGAAGAGGAAGAUAAAGUUGAGAAACAGUGAGCAGCAGGGAAAUGCAGCCAGGUUACUAAGUGAAGACAACAGAACACUAAAUAGUUUCUUCAUUGAAGAAUGGGGUUCUAAAGAGAGCUGGCUGAGUGAGAUCCUUCCUAAACUGGCAGAGGUCCUGAGACUACAAGACCCAGGGAGCAUCCAGCUGGAGAUUGUCACACUGGCUGUAGACCACCCCGACCUCAGAACCAGUCAUGUGUCCACCCUGCUCUCCCUCAAAACCAACUUGUCGGCAGCUGAUACUCGCACCAUCAAAGAAAGCCUGGAGGAGAACCGCCUCUCACUCACCACAGCCAAUGACAUGCCUCCGUUCUUCUCUAAGGUUCCAGUGAAAUGGAUAAACAAGAUCAUGUGAGAAGCCUCAACGGAAACCAGAUGUCAUUUAAGCUCCAGUCCUAGACUCUGAAUGACAUCAGUGGAUUUAACAGGAAAACAUUUUCACUAUAUCCGCCUUACUACACCUCCGACUAUAACUGCCUUCCGAAUAUACUGAAAUGACUUCCGGAUAUACUGAAAUGACUUCCGGAUAUAGUGAAAAUGUUCUUGCACAUUUACAUUCUCAAAGCUUCCUACUCAUCCUUAUAAAACUUUUGAGUGUUUCAUAUGUGUGUGAAUGUCUUUUCAUAUAUGUGGAUAUGAGUUUUCAGUAGUAUGAAUGCAUGCGUGAACCUUUCACAUAAUGCCUUUCAUAUGUGUCGAUGUCAGCAUUUCACCUGUGUGGAUGUGAAUUUUCAGUAUUAUGAAUGCGUGCGGGAACUUUUAACAUUUGAAUAAUUAAUGCGUUUCAUAUGUGCUUGUGUAAGGACAGUCUGAAUUAUUUCCUUAACGACCCCUCAUAUCCAGCCCCUUCCCUAACAUUGACUGUUGGCUAAAUAAAGCCCUUUUGAUUUCACUU